AUGUCGACAAGCGCAGCAUCUCCGCUCGCAAACGGGACCAGCGUGGUACCCGCCGAGGAUUGGCGCGAGGCCGAUUUCCUCAAGAAGCUGCUGCAUAUUCGGGAUGAAGUAUUCGCGGGCAAACAUCCGCGCAUUCGUCUUCCUCCCAAAGUCCUAGAACAGGUCGCACCGCGUCCACCGCAUGUCGCUCCAGCAGCGAGAAACACGAUCAACGGGAUCUCCAACGGCACAUCUAACCAGCAGUUGUUCCCGCCGCGUCCCGAAAACUCUUUGUCACAGAUCCCUUCGCCAAACGACUUUGCCUCGCCCAUCGCACAUGUUUCGCGGCCCUUUUCGGCCAAGUCUGCAUCGUCUGGCAUCGACCCAGUACUGCUCACGAAGUCUGAUCAUCUCAUCAGGGCUGAACUACAACUGAAGCGGCAGCAGCUCGAGCGGGCACUGAAAGAUCAGUUGGAUAAGCGCGGUCGUACAAACGAGGAUGAGCGAGACGUGUUGGACGUGGACGACCUGCUUGCCCAGGCCCACAGGCUAGUAAAGCCAGUCUCCGGCUUGCGACCUCCUCCUGCUGAUAGUGAUGGAGAGUCUUUCGACAACUCGUAUUACUCUAGCAAAGCUGACAGUUGGUCAUCGGAUGAGGUUGAUCGCAAUCACAACUCGAAUGCUGAUGUCGCAGGGUCACUCACACAACAGGGCAAACGUGCUGUCAAUGCGGCGCAACAGGUUGCUGAGACUUCGCAAUCAGGCCCAGCCGGUGCUCCAGUGAUCGAUCUUGAUGACGAGCCCUACGAACCUGGCGAUGAUAUCCUAGAAAUCUAUGAACCUGAGCCUGCUGGUGUGAACGAAGACCUAGACGAGUCUGACUACUCACCUCCACCGGCUGAUGCCGGCCCUAGUGAGCCUAGAAAGCAGCAUGGACGUUAUAACAAUGGCGUGAACGGGUCAUCUCGACGUCAAAGCCCAACUGGCCCGGUACCACCGAUCCAGAAUAACCGCAAGCGAAAGCGGGAGUGGAAAAAGAACAAUAACAAUAACAAUAAGCGUACUGCACAGUCACCAGAACCAUACAUCAAAGAGGAGCCGCAGUCACCUCCUCCGUUCACGCCAUAUUCGGAUCCACCCUCGAGCAAGCGACGAGCCUUACAGCCCAUUCCCAACGAUGUGGAGAUUUUUGACAGGGUGCAACCUGUCUACUACCGUGACUCGGAGCCUUCUGCUCGACCAACACGACUCUAUGAGGAGCCCCUGACUCCCAGUAUCGCUCACCUACCUCAACGUCGCCCGGAACGUGAUGAGCAGAAUUUGCGUCGCGUGGCAAGCGUCCAAUAUGCUCGACGACCCUACUCGCCGACCAAUACCGAUCUAUAUGCUGGACCUUCACCUCGCCACGGUCGAGCGGCAUCUCACGUCUUUUCCGAGCGUCCCAUUGAACAACCCAUUUACCGAGAAGCAUCGGCUCGUCCCUCCGCGGCAUCUAGAUACGUGCCCGACCACCCUCAGGAGCUAGAUCAUGUCCCUCGAGCUCAAUCGAUUAUGGAUGAUCCUAUGGCUAUGGCACCGCCUCGUCGCAUUGUCGUAGAUCAGUACGGCAACAAGUACUAUGCGGCUCCGGUGGAUACGAGGGAUUCCAUUGCCCCACCUGCUAGGAGAAUCGAGGUUGACCCGUACUAUGAACGUGCAGUGACCCGAGAACCAGCGCUGCGGGCGCCUCCGCGUGCUGAGCUGUACGAAGAAGACGACGUUCAGAGGAUGCCCCCGCCGCCGCGCCGAUAUGUUGAAGCUUCGGAAGCCGACCUGAUCGAACCGCGUACAUAUCGACGGGAAGCCUCGCAUCGGCCCCUGGAAAUGGAGUAUCGACCACACGAGGUGAUCGAACGGCGGCCGAUAGCUCAAUACGAGGAGAUGGGCCCUCCGCGAGAAUACUUGCCGAGUCGCGCGUACAGUGUGCGUCCUGAGGUGAUUCGGCGUGAAAUUCCGGAGGGCUACGCUCGUCAUGAAAGCGUCCAGCCUGGUCAUGUCCGCGUAGCCGCACCGCGCUUGCGUGAAGUGAGCGUCGUUCGCCAUGAACCUAUCGAUGACCGCCGAUUUACUUUUGCAACCCCCCAGCGGCGGUAUGCAGAUGAAGGCGGCCUGGAGCGUCCCGUUGAGGUUGUGCAGGAACGCUAUGCGACAGAAGCUCCUCGACGACCGACAUACCGCUACUAG